AUGAACACGGACGAGCUGUUUGAGGUUUUCGACGAGCCUCAGCCGCCGCGGCAGCGGCAGCUGCAGGAGCCCCAGCCGACGACGGGGCAGGAAGGUGCGCUCUCGGCCAUCGAUUUGAGCCGGAAGCGCAAGGCUGAGGGCAUGUCGGACGACGACAUGGAAUUUGAUGGCAGCGACAAGGAGGCGACUGCCCAUACGGCCGCCACCAAGGACGACGAUGAGGCGAUGGAGGACGAGACGGCCACGGCCGAGACCAAUGACAACAAGCGGCGGAAGAAGGAGGACGAGGCUGAGCCGGUGCUGACUGACACCUUCCAGACGGCCGAGUCUCGCGAGGUGGCCUCGGCGUCGGGCUUCACGGCCCAGACCGAGACCGAGGCUCUCGUGCUGAAGCACAACAUCCAGCACCAGGUAGCCCUGCCGCCGGACCUCAACUACGAGUACAUCCCGCUGUCGGAGCACAAGCCACCGGCCGAGCCAGCCCGCGUCUACCCCUUUCCGCUGGACCCGUUCCAGAGCCUGUCGAUCGCGUCGAUCGAGCGCGAAGAGAGCGUGCUCGUAUCGGCCCACACCAGUGCGGGCAAGACGGUCGUGGCCGAAUACGCCAUUGCCCAGUGCUUCAAGCGGAACCAGCGGGUCAUCUACACGAGCCCCAUCAAGGCCCUGAGCAACCAGAAGUUCCGCGACUUCCAGGCCGAGUUUGGCGACGUCGGCCUGAUGACCGGCGACGUCACCAUCAACCCGACGGCCAGCUGUCUGGUCAUGACGACGGAGAUUCUGCGGUCGAUGCUGUACCGCGGCUCCGAGAUCAUGCGCGAGGUGGCCUGGGUCGUGUUUGACGAGAUCCAUUACCUGCGCGACAAGUCGCGUGGUGUCGUCUGGGAGGAGACCAUCAUCCUGCUGCCCGACAAGGUGCACUACGUCUUCCUCUCUGCCACGAUCCCGAACGCCUUCCAGUUUGCCGAGUGGAUUGCCAAGAUCCACCGCCAGGCCUGCCACGUCGUCUACACCGACUUCCGGCCCACGCCGCUGCAAAACUACUGCUUCCCGGCCGGCGGCAACGGCAUCCUGCUGGUGGUCGACGAGCGUGGCGUCUUUAAGGAGAAGAACUUCAACAUGGCCAUGGCGCUGGUCGAGCAGAACAAGGGCGCCGACCCAGCCGACAUCAACGCCAAGAUGAAGGGCCACGGCAAGAACAAGAAGACAAACAAGGGCGGUGGUAGCGGCGGCAACGAGUCCUCGUCGGACAUUUACAAGAUCAUCCGCAUGAUCAUGAAGAAGAACUUUCACCCCGUCAUCGUGUUCAACUUUAGCAAGCGCGAGUGCGAGAUGCUCGCGCUCAAGAUCUCGGGCAUGAACUUCAACAACGAGUCAGAGCAGGCCCUGGUGACGCGCGUGUUUGAAAACGCCAUCGACACGCUGUCCGAGGCCGACCGGGAGCUGUCGCAGAUCACGCACCUGCUGCCGCUUCUGCGCAAGGGCAUCGGCGUCCACCACUCCGGCCUGCUGCCCAUCCUCAAGGAAAUCGUCGAGAUCCUCUUCCAGGAGAACCUGAUCAAAGUGCUCUUUGCCACCGAGACUUUUUCCAUCGGGCUCAACAUGCCGGCCCGCACCGUCGUCUUCACCACGGUGCGCAAAUUUGACGGCGUCUCGAUGCGGCCGCUGACCUCGUCCGAGUACGUGCAGAUGUCGGGGCGCGCCGGCCGUCGUGGCCUGGAUGACCGCGGCAUCGUCAUCAUGAUGCUGGACGACAAGCUCGAGCCCGAAACGGCCAAGGCGAUCGUGGCCGGCAAGCAGGACCGGCUCAACUCGGCCUUCCACCUGGGCUACAACAUGAUCCUCAACCUGCAGCGGAUCGAGACGGUGUCGCCCGAGUACAUGCUGGAGCGGUGCUUCUUCCAGUUCCAGAACGCAUCCAGCGUGCCGCAGCUGGAGAAGGAGCUCCUGGCGCUGCAGCAGGAGCGCGACAGCACCAUCAUCCCGGACGAGAACACGGUCAAGGAGUACUACAAGCUGCGGCAGCUGAUCGAGGAGUACCGCAAGGACAUGGUGCUGGUGAUGCAGCACCCGACGUACUGUCUGCCCUUCCUGCAGCCGGGCCGGCUGGUGCACAUCAAGACACCCAACGGCGGCCAGGACUUUGGCUGGGGCGCGGUGCUGAGCUUCACACAGCGGCGGGCACCGCGGCGCGGCGAGGAGGAGGUGCCAGCGCAGGAGUCGUAUAGCGUGGACGUGGCGCUAUUUGUGUCGGACAGCCGGUCGACGGAGAACGUGGCGCCGGGCUUCCCGGCCGGCGACAUGGCUGCGGGCGUGUUCCCGUGCGCGUCGGCAGCGGACGAGAACGAGAGCUCGGGCAGCGACAAGAACGGCAAAGGCUCGAGCAAGAGCGGCAAGAGCGGCAAGAGCUCGGCCCACAGCAAGAGCUCAAGCAAGAGCGACGUGCGCGUAGAGAUCGUGCCGUGUCUGCUGUCGUGCGUGACGGCGAUGAGCAAGCUGCGGAUCUUCAUGCCGGACAACGUGUCGAAAAAGGCCGGGCGGGAGCAGACGGGCAAGGUGAUCCGGGAGGUGGAGCGGCGGUUCCCGGACGGGAUCCCGACGCUGGACCCGAUCGAGAACAUGAAGAUCACGGACGAGUCGUUCAAGAAGCUGAUCCGCAAGAUCGAGCUGCUGGAGUCGAAGCUGCUGGCGAACCCGCUGCACGGAUCGCCGAUCCUGCCGGAGCUGUGGCAAAAGUACGACAGCAAGGUGGCGCUGGGCGAGCGGGUCAAGGAGAAGAAGAAGGCGAUUGCCAAGGCACACAGCAUCGCGCAGCUAGACGAGCUCAAGUCGCGCAAGACGGUGCUGCGCCGGCUCGGCUUCAUCAACGAGGAGGACGUGGUGCAGCUGAAGGCGCGCGUGGCCUGCCAGAUCUCGUCGACCGAGGGCCACGAGCUGCUGCUGUCGGAGCUGCUGUUCAACCGGUUUUUCAACGACCUCGCGCCCGAGGUGGUCGCGUCCGUCAUGACCUGCUUCCUCUUUGACGAGAAGGUCGAGGCGCCCGACCUGAAGGAGAACCUGGCCAAGCCGCUGCGCGAGAUCAAGGCGCAGGCCAAAAUCAUCGCCAAGGUCAGCCAGGAGAGCAAGCUGGACGUGAACGAGGACGAGUACGUGCAGAGCCUCAAGUGGCAGCUGAUGGAGACCGUGCUGUCGUGGGCCAACGGCGCGUCGUUUGCGGAGAUCUGCAAAAUGACAAACGCCUACGAGGGCUCCCUGGUCCGGCUGUUCCGCCGGCUCGAAGAGCUGCUCCGGCAGAUGGCCGAGGCCGGCAAGGUGAUGGGCAGCGAGGAGCUGACAAAGAAGUUUGAGCAGAGCCUGGAGAAGAUCAAGCGCGGCAUCGUGGCAGCACAGUCUCUGUACCUGUAG